AUGGAGCAGUUCGCUCACUUGCCCUCGAACCAGCAGGAUGCGCUUAAAAAGCUUAUGUCCUUGCUGGGCCCGGAGGGCGUGACGCAACUCGCGCAGCAAGGCCCCGACGCGGUGAAUGCGCGACUCGAGGCGUUUUCAAGCUACGAGAAUGCUCUGCUAGGGCCCCUCCAGCAGAGGAUGGCAACGGCCGCGGCGCCCCAAGCGCCCGCUUCGUCAUCCGACGCGGGAACAAGACCCAAGCCGCUCAUGUUGAGCGUGAAGACCUGCGAAGGCAAGGAGGGUGAAAGCUUGAUGCUUUGGACCCGUGAAGUUGAGAUGGCAAUGAGCUCAGCUCUACUCCGGACGGAGUCGCAGCGCGUGGCACUAGCAAUCUCGAAGCUCGGUGGGCGAGCGAGAGAACCACCUUCCCGAUGUGGGACCAGCUGA